UAAUAAAAACCCCAUCAAACUUCUUACACAGCACAAGGUAGAGGAGGUAAUUUUUUGGUUUUAUUUUUAGGGUUUGUGCGAGCUUCCUCUUUAGCUGAUUUAGAUGCUUUUAUCGGCACUGCUGGAGGUAGAGCUCUUUUACUGGUCAGAUUCUUAUGAUCUACGAUAUCAGAGACUUCUAGUUUGAUGAUGGAAUAUGAAAAGUUUACAGGGGAGGACCUUGACAGGUCUGAUUUCUACGAGAACUAUAACUAUUCAGACUGGAACAUCUCUUAUGAGGGGAAUGAUAUUUGCAGCCUGACUGAGACUGUCGAUUUUGAAGCCGUGUUCAUACCAGUUCUGUACUCUGUGGUGUUUGCUGUUGGUCUAAUUGGGAAUGGAUUGCUGUUGAGGAUACUGGCUCGGAGUAGGAAAACCUGGAGUGUAACAGAUACCUUCAUCCUCCACCUGGGAGUGGCAGAUAUCCUGAUGCUGGUGACGCUGCCCAUCUGGGCUGCACAGUAUGCUCAAAGUGGUGGAUGGACAUUUGGUACUCCCCUGUGCAAGAUCAGUGGAAGUGUUUUUACAAUUAACUUCUACUGUGGGAUCCUUCUCCUGGCCUGCAUCAGUCUGGACCGCUACCUGUCCAUCGUCCAUGCUACACAGAUGUACUCAAGGAAGAAGCCUUGGGUUGUUCAGGCCAGCUGCCUGAUGGUGUGGUUCUUUUCCCUGCUUCUCUCCAUCACUGACUGGAUCUUUUUAGAAGAAAUGUUUGAUGAUAGACGAGGCAGGAGAGAGUGUAUUCACAACUAUAGCAAAUUUGAUGAGAAUGCAGUAUAUUAUUGGAGGUUGGCAUCACGCAUGAUUUAUCUCAUAGUGGGUUUUGUGCUUCCUUUCGCCAUCAUGAUGUUCUGCUACACCUGCAUCCUGCAUCAGCUGAGGUGUGGUGCCCACAGCCAUCAAAAGCAGAGAGCUUUCAAAGUUAUUGUGGCUGUGGUGGUGGUUUUCUUUAUCUGCUGGACCCCGUACAACAUCACACUCUUAGUGGAAACGUUUAAUUUUGAUAUCAGUAAUGAAACUUGUUCAGACACAACAUCUCUGGAGAAAGCAAAGACAGUGACCACCUGUGUGGGUUUCAUUCACUGCUGCCUCAAUCCCAUCCUGUAUGCUUUUGUGAGUGAGAAGUUCCGGCGUCAGCUCCUGAGCAGGGAAACAGUGUUCAUGUCACACUUAAAUGUUUCAAAUCAUCAAACAAAUCAUAGGUGAAUUGUUCCCCCGGCCCCUGACCGUGAUUCCUCUAAAGAAGAAAUUCAGUCAGAUUAAGGAGCUCCUCUAAAUAUUUCUUCCACAGUCUGGCUAUGUCCUCAGUUGAAGGCAGCAGCACCCCACCUUCAUUAAAUACAGUGUAAGUAGAGCACCGCUUUCCCCUCCACCUUUUCUCAUGGUCAUGCUCACCCCAUGAUAAUACAUGGAGCUCCAAAAUGAGGACCAUUGAUUGAUUGAUUUCUUGAUUGACUCUUUCUUUCUUUCUUUAGGAGCCAGAAUUCUCCCCUUCCAAAAUUACUGUGAAGUUCAUCCUCAUGAUGAAUUUAUAUAAACUUCUGAUCACAACUGUAGUCUCUGGUACAAGGUGUAAAGUUUUAGUUGAUGUUACAGAGAAUUCUGACUGACUGAAAUCAGUUCUUUAAAUGUGAAGGACCCACUGGUGUUAUGUGGGGACCCAGUCGUUUUAAGUUGGGUUUGUUCCUGUUUAUAUAGGCUGCUUUUGAAAACAUCAGGAUUUACACCCAGGGAUAUACUUUCGAUCUUGGAAUUCUUCUGGGAAGCACCAUUAAAUGAGGAUUUUACUCUCAGGAUUAAAGGCUAAAUUCACCUUUACAGACAUAUAUUUAUUUUAUUUGCACAAAAUUUUUUUUCAAGUAAUGAAGUUUUGUUUCAAAAACUUCACAUAGUCAACAUAGCAAAAGUCAACCCAAUGAACAUUCAGGCACCACAUCUUACAAAAUUCAAAUUUACUAGGCACGUUAUUUACAUUACUUCAAAAUGGCAUUUUAAAACAAACCAACAAAAUUACUGUAAACAAUAUGAAUAUUUACUACAUUAUGAAAUAUAUGGAAUUAAUUAACAAGAAAUCAAAUCUGUAGUGGAUUUAAAGAGAUAUAUUAGACAUGCAGAGAGAUUGUUUCCAGUCCACACUGCAAGAAAGAUGAGGUGUGAGGCUUAAAUUACAGGCAUUGGCACUGCUACUUUUUCUGACUUGACUCUCUGUGGCUCUCCUAUACAAGUAUAAUUAAUGCAUGCAUAGGUCUAUAAUUACUUCCCAGAAUUACUUCAGCUGUUUUUGUGUGUGGGAUUGCAUAAUUUCUGUGGCCUAUAAUGCAGUUGGAAAUGUUGUCUAUUGCUGUUGAUUUUAAGACCAUAAUGAAAGCCACCAUUACUCUUACUGUUGAACAACGUUCUACUAUUUUAAUGUUUUUAUGUUAAACAAACUGUUUUUCUGAGCUUUAUAUAAAAAAAACUUAACAGUUUGGAAAAUUCAAAAUCUGAGGUGUUAGAACAUGUUUCUAAAAGGCAAUUUUAGACAUAAAACACACAUUUUGAACAAAACUUCAAAGCAAAAGUAAAAUAAAAAUGUAAAAUGAACACUUAAAUGAGUGAACAUGUUUGUUGGUGAGUUUAUAGGUAGUUAAAUCAAAACUGCUACUCCUCAGUAAAACCUUUUGGCUCUUUUUUGAGGAAUUUUAUUUCCCAGAGUUUAUAUUUGUGGUAAUAACAAUUUUCUUGCUAAAUAAAUAAAAAGUAAAAUCAGAGAAAUACCUGUUACAAUUGCUAACAAAAUAAACAUGUAAAAAACAUUUUUGUAAAAGAACAAAAAAUGAGUAAAUUAUUGUUUUGGUUAGUUUAUUGGUUGCCAGUAUAUAUGCUGCUCUACAAUCUUAUUCAGCUGAAGUGAACUUUCCUGUUUACACAUACCAUUACUCUUCUUAUUAAAACAACUCCCAAUAUUUAAUGUUUACAGUACAGAGUUCAGUGCAGGACAAGAGCCUGCAAAGACUUAAAAGCUGCGUUAUUGCAUGCAUUAUUUGCUUAUUUAUUUUAAGCAUUAUCUAAACAUAAAGCAGCAUUGAAAUCACACUAUGAAACCACUGUGUGACUUGUUUGUCUUCUGCUCAUGAAGUCUUUGCUCAGUACAUGUCAACUGAUGUGACAGAAGACUGCGCAACAUUUUGGUCUAUUUCUUCCUUCUUUUUUUCUGUAUAUAUUAAAUUUUUAUAAUGGCCUGUGUAAACCGAGGAGAAGCUUUUAAGUUAAGUUCAUGACCUAUUUUGGCAAACAGAUGAAGAAUGCAUGUAAGAAUGAUACAGAAAAAUUUUAACUCA